AUGAAAUCGUUGAAUCUCAUCGUACUACUCAGCAACUACUACGUUGAAGCACAAGUUCGCAUACGGAUAUGGCAGCCGAACAUCGAUUCGACGAAGAUCAAGGAACCGAUACGAUUCUGGGAAUUGAUAGAAAUGCGGCCGACCUCCUCAACUCCGUCGUCGUCGUCACCAUCAUCAUCAUCAUCAUCAUCGCCACCAUCGCCACCAACUCCACCACCACCACCACCGCCGCCGCUGCCGCUGCCGCUAACCACUAUUACAACAUCACGACAAUUUGAGACAACAACCACUAAUACCACUACCACAACCACUACUACGACCACUACUACAACCGCACCACCACCUCCUCCACCUCCAACAACAACAGUGGAAUGGAUCACACCAACCACCUUAGAUCCAUGUGAAGAGACCGAUCCUAUGAGUUUAGUGAAAGCGAUGAAGGAUAGCGGCAUAUACAAUGAAAUCUAUAUGGCUCCGGAUAUCUUCACUGCAAGCCGAAAUUUCCCCGAUUUAAGUGGGAAGAAUUUUAUGAAAGCGAAAAGUCGAUAUCAUUGUGACGAAAAAUGUGAGAGGUCAUCAAAACUUGUACGAUUAUUGAUGAUAGGAGACAAUACACCGCCGCCGCUUCCGAAAGAAUCCGAAAGAGCAUGGUGGGAUGAAGAGGAAUGGGAAAGAGAGAAGAGGUCGAUUCGGAGUCGAAUUACGUCACGAAACGAACGAAGGAAAGAAUUGGAGAACACUGUGAGAAAUGCUUUACGAGAAUUGGAUCACAUAAAUAGAGACGAAGUCGAUGGGUCCGGCGAAGAUGAUUCACAACAGAAUGAAUUUGAUCGUUUUUUCACCAGUGAACUUCACUCAGACUCACUUCAACCACCACGAACGAGAAGAAAUGCCGAGAAUGAAUUAAUGGUGAAAAAUUCCGGAACUGCUAAGGAUGUGCUUGGAACAACAAUUGCGCUCGAAUGUCAAGAUAAGACCGGUGAAGACCUUCAAGCGGGGUACCAGCUAUGUUCAUCAUGUCGUGCUGUUCGCCACCUUCCACAUUCUUAUUUCCCUCGUGUCUUAAACGAGAUUAUCUGUGGUGAAAGCGCUUGCGUUCGUGGUGACGGGCGAUGCGCACAACGAUUCUUACCGCUGAAGAUACUGCACAACGAAGGCACGGACUUAUGCCCAAAAUGGCGUCUCGUCUCAGUCGAACUUCGAACAUGUUGUGAUUGUGUUAUACAUCCAUAUUCACCAUUUCUUCGUUAUGUGCAUGGGGAUUAA